UUCGGACUCGCGGACUGGCGAGAUCAACUCGCGCAAGCUAGCAUCCACACCACUCACCGCCAUGCUCCCGCGCACCGCCUGCCGGGCGCUCCGCCCUGUGGCCUCGACGUCGCGCCUUGCGCUGGCGCCUCGCCUUGCCCCCGCCCCGCGCCUCGCCCUCGCGCGCUACUCGACCGAGACUGCGCGCGACGCCGACGCCGAGGAGAUGUACCACGGCCCGCCCCCGCCGAAACAGACCAACGAGGCCAUCAUGAAGCGCUUCACCGGCCCCGGCUUCCCUCGCAUUCCCGGUCUCCGCCACCUCGUCCUCCCCUUCCACCCACACCUGUACCAGGGCAAGCCGAUCCGCGACCUCACCUUUGCGCGCCGGCGCAAGGGUGGCCGUUCUCCGCAGACGGGCCGCGUGAUCAACAAGGCUGUGGGCGGCGGACACAAGCAGCGUAUCCGUAUCGUCGACUUCUACCGUCUUGAGGAAGGUGUCCACGACGUCGUGCGCAUCGAGUACGACCCCGGACGCUCGGCGCACAUCGCCCUCGUGCACCGCCGCGGCGCGGCGUCCGUCUCGGCCGACGAAGGUGCUGCGCUCGCUGAGCAGACGAGCGAGCUCGAGGGCGGGAGCACGGAGAAGCGCCUCCAGCGCAACGAGGUCAAGGCUGGAUGGAGCUACAUCCUCGCCCCGGACGGGCUGCGCGCCGGCGACGUCGUGCAGAGCUUCCGCGCAGGUAUUCCCGACGGCAUGGUGGAGGGAUGGGCCGAGUUGGUCAAGGCCAAGCCGGAGACGAACGGCGAGGAGGAGGAAGGCAGCGAGAGCUCGCUCGCGACGGCAACUCGUGCCCUCGGUUUGCUGCGCACCAUGACCCUCAAGCCCGGAAACGUCCUCCCCCUCAACCUAAUCCCGCCAGGUACUCACAUCCACAACAUCUCCAUGACGCCGGAUGGGCGCAUGCAGCUCUGCCGCGCCGCUGGCACUUUCGCCCAGGUCGUUGCGCACCACAACAGGAGCGGUCAGGCGCUGGGCGGUGCCGAGGUUCUCCAGAUGGGCUCGCAGCUGCGCCCAAACGGCACCCGUGAGCCCCAAAACGGUACUGUCCUCGUCAAGCUUCAGUCGGGCGAGGUGCGCCGUCUCCCUCCUGCAGCGGUUGCUACCAUCGGCGUGGUCUCCAACAAGGAGCACUCACAGAAGCAGAUCGGUAAGGCUGGCCGUAACCGGUGGCUCGGAAAGAGGCCAAAGGUUCGUGGUCUCGCCAUGAACGCUUGUGACCACCCCCACGGUGGUGGUCGUGGAAAGUCGAAGGGUAACAAGCACCCCCGCUCGCAGAAUGGCUUGUUGCAAGGCAAGCGUACCCGUCGCCCCAAGGACAAGGAUGGCAACAAGCAGGUCGUCAGCGAGCGUCCUCGUGGACGAGCAUCAAAGCACGUGCGCAAGUAGGCGUGGCGUGACGCUUGCGGCUCUAUUCUACAUUGCAUGCACCCUGUUCUACACGAGAGAUGCUAUUCUAUCUAGCGUUGC